AUGUCUGUGCGACUUCGCUUCCUGUCUCCCGGGGAAGCCGGGGCUGUGGGGACCGUGGGCCGCAGCGCCUCCUUCGCUGGCUUCAGCAGUGCACAGAGCCGAAGGGUCUCAAAGUCCAUCAACAGGAACUCUGUGCGGUCCCGACUGCCAGCCAAGUCCUCCAAGGCUUAUGGAACACUGCGCAAAGGUUCGCUGUGCCUGGACCCCCGGCCACAGCAAGUGAAGAAAAUCUUCGAUGCUUUGAAGAGAGGCCUCAGGGAGCACCUGUGUGAGCAGCAGGCUGAACUGGACUACCUGUGCAGAUGCCACACGGACACCCAGAGGGGCUCCAGGCUGGCCUUCUACUAUGACCUGGACAAGCAAAUGCGCAUGGUGGAGAGACACAUCCGGAAGGUGGAGUUCCACAUCAGCAAGGUCGAUGAACUCUAUGAGGGCUACUGUAUCCAGUGGCGGCUUCGAGAUGGAGCUUCCAACAUGCAGCGUGCCUUCAGCAACAGCACCCAGAGCCGUGCCUCCCGGGAGAGCCUGCAGGAGCUGGGCCGCAGCCUGCAGGAGUGCCUGGAGGACAUGUGCCUCAUAGAGGGGACCUUGGAAGGUCACCUGGGCGAGUUCCAUGUCAAGAUGAAAGGCUUGGUGGGCUAUGCACGCCUCUGUCCCGGAGACCAGUAUGAGGUUCUCAUGCGCCUGGGCCGUCAGCGAUGGCGGCUGAAGGGCCGGAUAGAACCAGAUGACAGCCAGACCUGGGACGAGGAGGAGAGGGUCUUUGUGCCCACGGUGCAUGAGAACCUGGAGAUCAAGGUGACGGAGCUUCGAGGCCUGGGCUCCAUGGUGGUGGGUGCGGUGACAUGUGACGUCGCGGACUUCUUCACAGCCCGGCCCCAGCUUGUGGUGGUGGACAUCACAGAGUUGGGCACCAUCAAGCUGCAGCUGGAGCUGCUGUGGAACCCCUUGGACUCCGAGUGCCGCCUGGUGUCACCCAGCCCCACUGGCAGGUUCUCCGUGGGCAGCAGGAAGGGUUCCCUGUACACAUGGACGCCACCCAGCACCCCCAGCUUCCGGGACAAAUACUACCUGUCUGUCCUUCAGCAACCCAUGCAGCAGGCCUUGCUGCUAGGUGGGCCAAGGGCCACCUCCAUCCUCGGCUACCUGUCUGACAGUGAGCUCCAGGGUCCCCGCCUGCGAAGCCGGAGCCAGGAGUUACUGGAGAUGGACUCCUUCAGCUCCGAGGACCCCAGAGACACUGAGACCAGCACUUCAGCAUCCACCUCAGAUGUGGGCUUCCUGCCCAUGCCCGUGGCUCCCACAGCCUGCAUAGAAGAGGAGACCAGGGAGGAGCCUCCACCCCUGGGUCUGCUGCCGGGCCUGGCUCCCCCAGCCCGGGGUGUGCUUGUAGAACAGCCUGGUUGGAGGGACUUGAGAGGAGAGAGGCUGGCCCUACUGCGGGACGCACCCAUCCACAGCCCCACGGUGCCACGGAGCCGGAAGGGCCAGGAGGAUGGAGGUGCGGGGGACGGAGUGGAGGGGCCUGUGCAGGACGUCCUGGAUCUGCUGCGGUCUGCGGACCCUGCGCAGCCCCAGCUCAGGGAGCUGGAGUACCAAGUCCUUGGCCUCCGGGAGCGGCUGAAGCCCCGAGGGGUGCAGCCGGAACCCGUGUCAGCGCAGAGUCUCAUGGACUGUAUACUUGAGAGCUUCGCCUUUCUGAAUGCCGACCUUGCCAGUGACGAACUGUCUCUGUUUGGGGGCUCCCAGGCUCUUGAGAGGGACAGCCCCCCACCUCCACGGCCAUCACUGAAGGUCUCGCCUAGCGAGCUCACAGCCGGUGCCCCUGAGCUGGACACACUGCUUACUGUCCACCUUCAAGUCUGCAAAGCCUUGCUUCAGAAACUGGCCUCCCCUAAUUUGUCAAGGAUGGUGCAGGAUUGCCUCCUGGAGGAAGCGGUGCAGCAAAGACAGGUUCUGGAAGUGCUUUCAGACCUUGACCUUGAGCAGGUCAGCAAGGCCAAGUCGGUUGAAGAGAUCAUCCCACAGGCAUCUCAAAGGAAGGGUGGCCUGGCACUGUGGCAGGGGUGCACACAGCCUGGUGGAGUCCUGGCCUGCCCUGCCUCCACACUCCUGAGCCAGCUCAAGAAGACAUUCCUACAUCGCGUCCGAGGGAAGUACCCGGGCCAGCUGGAAAUAGUGUGUCGCAGGCUCCUGGAGCAGGUGCUGGGCUGUGGCGGGCUAUUGGUCACAGCAGGGCUCCAGGACGAGCAGGUGGUCACCUGGUUCCAGUUCCACAGCUACCUGCAGCAGCAGAGCAUCUCUGACUUGGAGAAACACCUCACUCAGCUCACCAAGGAAGUUACUCUCAUUGAGGAACUGAACUGUGCGGGCCCAGCCAAGGCCCUGAGGAAGCUGCACGGGAAGCGUCUAAACCAGCUGCAGCCAUUGCCCCAGACGCUUCAAGCCUGGGCCCGGCUGCAGCUGGACGGACCCCCGAGGCUGUGCAGGGCUGCCAGAAUGCGACUGGCCAGCGCGGCCAGGAACAAGCGCUUCCGGGAAAAGGCCCUGCUAUACUACACCAAUGCCUUAAAUGACAGUGACUCCAAGCUCCAGCAGGCGGCGUGCAUGGCUCUGCAGCAGCUCGGGGGCGUUGAAAGCAUUGAACAGAUUGUCAGUCUAUGUCAGUCUGACCUGGAGGCCGUGCGAGUCGCAGCGCGGGAAGCAACACUGUCGUUUGGUGAGAAAGGCCGCCUAGCUUUUGAGAAGAUGGACAAACUACAUGCAGAACAAGAAGCCUUCUGUCAUGAAGCGGAUGUUGAGAUCACAAUUUUUUAAGAAGCCGUGCUCGAUGAGCUCAAAUCUGGCCUUUCUUCCUUCCAUGCUGCCUAGCCUCCACAGUGCCCAGGAUUUGGAUGGAGCAGCCAAGCCACUCCCUCCCAAGUGUGAGCUGGUCAGGACAGUUACCUGAGACUGGGUCCUCAGCGCAGGGAUAACAGUCAUGUACUCACAGAGCAGGCACAAGUGGUAUGUGGGACCUCUAAGGCUGUGGCCUCCGCCAAAUGCUGUUUUUGCCAUCCUGGGUACAGUGCCAGGCACUGUCUUGAGGAUCGAGGGUCCAGGGCAAGGUGACAGACAUGCAUGGGGUAUGAGCUCCCUGCACACCCUCAGCUGGGACAGAACUGGUCUGACAAACAGGGCUGUGGCAGCUUCCCAGUGGGCAGGUCCACUUCCAUGGCAGUCCGGGCCCUUGGAUGAAUGCUUAGACCUGGGGAGGUUUUCACUGCAGUGGCUGGGGAGACCCAUGAUGGGUUAGAUACCCACGAGGGGUUUCCCACUUAAGUGAAUAGAGCACUCCAUGCUGGCGUCUGAGAUGCCCACGAGGGGGUUCUCAGGGCUGACAUAGUCAUCCCUCACUUAGGUCCCUGUGGAUCAUGUGUGCUGACUUGGUAUUUAUUUGCCUCGUUCAUGUCCAUUCUCUGAAAUCUCAAUUACAAACUCUGGCGUAUGGCCACCUUACUGCCCCAAGUAGAGAAUGUUGUAUCCGUAGAGCCCUAACAUGGGAGGGGUGGCAGGGCCACAGGGCUCCCUGCAGGACCCACUGGGGAUCCUCCCUAUAUUCUUCAUGCCUGACUCAUGGUAGGCUGCCCUCCUCUGGGGGCAUUUUGGGGACACCCCAGGCCUUUGUCAAGCCUUCACUGCACUGGAUUUAUCCCAGUCACUAUUAGUCAGCUUUCCACACUGGUAACUCUCGAGAGUCAUUUUCAUACCUGAUGCCUUUGGUUGUGAGAGCAGCCACAGCACUCACAGUUCUGUGGCCAGGACCCAAGCGGGGACCACCUGCUGCACAAGCCACCUGUGAACCCGAGGGGUACGGGGCUGUGCUUUCUGCAGUGACAUCUUCCACUCCACAAGUCUCAAGUGACUCUGAACUGGAAGUCAGUCACCUUGGGGCCUUACAUAUUUAGUUUUAUACAUGAACGGAAGGUCACACCACUUUUGGGUCUCAUUUUCAUGUUUAAGUCAAGCAUACAUCAGAUGAGGUUUAUGGAUGUCCUGAGAUUGAAGACCAUGAAAUCUGACAGGCAGCUGGCCAAGGGGAGGUCUGGAUGCUGGGCCAGGGAUUCCAAUGACCUGUGAGUCUCAAGGUAGCCUGGGCUGCCCAAGGGGAGGUCUUGAAAGGACAGUGUAGAGAACCCACAUCUCAGCAGUCACAUGACGCACAGCGUGCUUACCCUGUAGGCCUCAGGCUGGCACGGGUAGACAAAUGACUGCCCACCCAGGCCCAAGUCUGUGAAUAAAGAAAAUGAAAGCA